AAAUGAACCAAUAGCAGCGCUGACUUUUAUGUUUUGAACGAAACGCGGUUGAUGGCUGAUCGACGCUAAAUGUUUAUUUACCGUAGCUUUUGCAACGUUUUGUUGGUGAAAGUUGAAAGUUGUAAAUAAGUCUUCCGGUGCAAUGUCAUCCAGGAAGAGUUCCAGUGGGGAAGGCUCGUCUUCAAGCAGAUGUGGAGAGCGUACCCCUAUGAGAAGUCUGCAGAAUGAAAUGCUGCAUCUGUCAACUCCAUCCUCCAGACUCAAAUCAAAACCUCUGACUGAUGUUGUGAAACUGACUAAGGGUGAUGGCCCUCUCUGUGAUCCAGAGCCCCACUUGCAAUCUUCUCCAUCCACAAAAGGGAUUCACAUCAAUGCUCCCACUACUGAUUUAACAACUACUGUGUCAGCUUGUGGUCUUGGAGAUGUAACAUUUAAAUCUUUCAUCUGUCCUGGUGGUGAGGUUGAGCUUGCAAGCUCCUUUGUGUGUGCAGAAGAUAGUAUUUUUCUGCCCAAGGAUCAGGCUAUGACAACCAUUCAUGAAACGGAAGAUACCAUCCUCUCUGACAGUAUAGCGGUUCAGUCAUGCAGUGACCACAUCGAACACGCCUAUUACAAUCCUGAGGUUAUAGAUGCUUCCUUGGUUGACAAUGAAGCAUCGUAUCCCUGUGAAAUUUCCAACACUAGUCUAACCUCUGGAGACUUGGAUGAUGGAUGUGCUACACAAGAUGUCCGAGCUUUUCAGGGUGACUGCUGUGGAAAGAAUGAUGUAACUUGGAAAUCCUUUGUCUGUGAUGGCGGUGAGCUGGAAGUGGCUGAUGUCACCAGACUACAAGAUGCGACCAUUCCUCUGCCCAAUGACCAGCCAGGGGAACCUUUGCAAGAUGACAGUGUGAAUUCACCAGAUCUCUCUAAGUGUGGCAAGCUGUGUCCUGUAGAACAUGCCGAUCAUUUCUACUUUAGCAGAGAAAACUGCGUUCCUGUCAGCACCACUUUCUCUGAAAUAACAAACGGUCCUGCUGAUGGACAGAAUGAUGUAACCUUCAAAUCAUUUAACUGCACUGGAGGUAUGGUUGACAUUUGUGAUGGCACCAAACUUGCAGAAGAGACUAUUCCUCUUCCAGUUAACCAAACAGCUACCGGCAGUGAGUCAUACAAUUAUGGCAUGAAUCCAAACAUGGUAACUUAUGAAGAAGAUGCCAAAAACAGUAGUGAUCAUUUAGAUCACCCAUACUAUGAUAUUGAAAAUAACUCAUUCAGGGGACCGUUACCUUUCAGCCUUGAUGAUGUUGAUGAAGUAAAACAGGUUAGUUUGGUGGUACCUGAUGGUCAGACUGGGAGUCAAGAGGCUAUUGUGCAUUCUGAGGACAGUGUGUGGCCUUCAAUGCUGCAUGAAAAUCAGUCUUCUGAUUGCAGCCAUCCUGAGGCUUCUGCAGAGAGACGUACACCCAUAGACAGUGAAGAAAAAGACAGUGCUCUCGGUUCAUCUGGAACUGAACCAGAUAAACCUCAGCUAAAAAACAUACCUGAAAGGUUCAGAGUGCGGUUUGAGUCAGGAACAUUGCCUUUUCAGUUUGGGAUGCUCAGUCCUGUUGUAAAGAGAGCCUCUCUGGCUGUAUUGAAGGCCCUCAAGGUUCCUGCUUUGGACCAAUUGUUGGCUGAGGAUCCAGCCCUUGAGUGUGAAAAGAGCUUGGUUGCUCCAUUUGACGUCGACCCUGCUGGGUUUUGGACAGAGCUAAUGGAGAGCCCCAUGCUGUGUCCUCUGUUUAACUCUACAGUGCUUGGUUGCAAGCCCCAGCCAAAACCAGUCCCUGAACUAGUUAAGGAAAUGGAUGUAAAGCCUUCUGCUGUGCCUCAGUCUGAAGUAGAGAAGCCAGCUGUGGAAUUCCCCCUGAUUCUAGACGGUCCCCUUCAGCAGCAGCUUCGGCAGAUGGCAGAGUUCCUUUUCUUAGCAUCAGGGAAGAUGUGUCUUGCUGCUGUCUCUGCUGUCUCUACUCCUGCUGAUGCUGUCACAGUCCCAUCUGCAAAAGCUACUCCUGCAGAAUCCCACGGUGUCUGUGUGGGCACCACUCCUGUUAAAUGGUUAGACCACAGCGUUAAUACAUCUGGCCAAUUUGAGAGGAAGAGGAUCUUCACUGUGGCUGAUUCCUGCACUCUGACUGACCCUAUCCUGUGGAACCUCCACCCAGGCAGCCUUGAGGGUCUCUCACGACAAGAGCUGGAGCAGAGGUUAAGGUCAAGCAUGAUCAUGGUGGAGGCUCUUGUGCAGCAGUUGGAUGCAGCCAGAGCAAAUGGAUGUUCUUCUGCAGGCCCUCCACCUUCAGACCUCAGGGAGAAACAAGUGCAGACGGACCACACUGAACUGAGUCAGACAACAAUGUUAAGAGACCUAUAUUUGGAGGCUCUGAACAGGAUUGGUGAGUUGGAGUUGGACAUGAGUUCUCUACAGGACCUCAUCCAGUGUAUGCAGGACAUGCGGGUCACCAUGACUUCUUUGAGUGGUGACACGGAUGCCGCUCUCUCUAACAUGAAGAAGAUGGGAGACGUUGUCAGAGAUGACCACCAGAGCCUUGUUUCACAUUACGGUCAGAUGAAGUCUCUCUUUGAGAAAACAAAGACGACGCAGAAAAAAAUGAUGCAGAAGGUCAAAGAUGCUCUUCACCAAAGAGAUGACAUGAAGGCACAGAUGGAGGAGGCCAUCACAGCCAAGGAGGCGGCCUUCAGUGUGAUGGAGCAGCUGAGGUCUCACUGUUCCUCAGAAAUCUCCGAGCUGGAGAGGGUUGUGGGGUCUCAGCAAGAACUGUCAGCUGCCCUAAACCAAACUUAUCCAGAACAGGUUGCAUUAAACAAGGCCUACAAUGAAAUGCUCAAUUCUGCGUCUGAUGUUUUGUCCUCAACCAUGGAGGAACAUUCCAGUUUGAUGCAAGAACUCUCUGCAGUCAGAGGCCUUCUGCAGAAAUCUGCUCCGAUGCUUCUGAUGCUGAAUGAGAAGGCAGCUGCUGCUUUGAUAGAGAGGGACGAACACUUCUCUGCCAGAGAGCAGGCUGUUGAAGAGCGAGAGCAGAUUGAAGACGAAUUAAACCAAGCAAACAUGAAUCUACAAACUGCCAGAGAACAGAUUGGUGAUUUAAAUCUGCAGGUGACGAUUCUGACCUCAGAAAUGGGUGUGUUGCGUCAGAAGCUAACAGAAAGAGAGGAUGAGAGGGGUCUGCUGGACAGGCAGGUGACGGAGAUGUCGGCCACAGUUUCCUCCACUUUGGCCUCCUACACCUUCCUGGAGCAGGCCCUUGCUUCAGAGAGUACAAAGUUGCAGCAGUCGUGGAGAGACAUCCAGCAAGCCAAGGACAGAGCAAACGGGUUGGAGGCGUCUCUGGGUCAGUCGGAGCAGCAGGUGUGUGAGUUAUCUCAGGCUCUGGCUCAGAGUGAGAAGCAGCUCAGCCAGCUGCAGGUCCUCUCUCAGUCCCAGAGCGUGCAGAUCCAGCAGCUCCUGGAUGUUUGCACACAGUUCAGUGGUGUGCGGGAGAUGAACGAGUUCUUACAGAUGGAGAAUGAGUUGACGAGGGAGCAGAUAGCUGAAAGUGAACGGUUGUUGAGUGCCAACCUGCAGGCUCUGCGGCAGAGGAACAUCCAGUGUGAGGACCUGAAUGGAGAGCUUAGUCAACUUCAGUUUGAGAAGAGGAGCUUGCACGAGGAGCUGGAAACCACAAAGUCCAGAGCCGGUGCCACUCAGCUGGAGCUUAGACGGAAACUGGCAGACGCUGUCACUGAAAUAACUUUGCUGCAUCACACACUGAGGGGACUGACCAAUGAAAUACAUACUGCUCUCAAUGACCAGAAACCACAGAAGGAGUCUCAACAAGUGGAGCGCCGUCACCCCUCCAGCUCGUUUGUCGACAGCGUCAUGGUUGCACUCACAACAGAGACACUUCCUGGAUCAGACAUGGCCGACCCACCGUGUGAAACUUUGUUUAGUGAGACGAGUGCCUUCACCCGCAUUGCAGCCGUCACGCCUAGAAAGAACAGUAACGGAGCAGAGUUCGACCCCGAGGAGGAUCAGAGCAGCGUGGCGGAGCUGCUGGUUGAUCUGGGCAGCACCGUCACAGAGCUGAUCAGCAACACGAAGCUGCUGCAACAGCGCAAAGACGCUCAGCUGGAGGAGCUGCACCAUACCAUCUCUGGCCUGCAGGUGGAGCAGCAGGCUGCAAGCAACAGACAUGAAGCCGAGGCGUCUGCACUGAAGCUCCAGCUCAGCCGUCUGAACAGCCUGUUUGAGAGAGGAAAUCAGGCGCUGCAGCAGAAAGCUCUGAAUGAGAAAACUGUGACAAAGUUGAUGUCAGAAGUUCAAGAGACCCAGGAAAUUCUAAAUAAACACAAGACUGAGAGCAAAGGACUGCAGAAGGAGGUGGUUGAGCUCCGUUGUUCUCUCCAGCAGUCACAGGUGGAGGCUCAAUACCUGCGGGUAGAGUUGAAAAAAGCCGGUAGCCAAUCAGCUAACCCGGCACAACAAAUAGAAGAACAAAUCAAAUUGUUAAGAGAGGUGGAGAGACUGAAGUUGAGUGUUCAGAAAUUGGAGGAGGGCAGAGUUAACCUCCUUGAGAGAGCAAAAAGACAUCAACUCAUCCAUCUGGGCAACCAGCAGAAAAGUGAAAAUGAGCUCCAGAUGUUGAGCAAAAUGAUCAAUAAAGUCAGAGAGACUUUGCUGUCUUUGCCGGUGGUCGUGAAGAAUUGUGAACAACUCCAACGGCUCAUUUCAUAUAUCGGCUGACAUGUUUGUUAUUUUAACCUGUGUUCAUUGUAUUUAUAUUCAUGUUGUUUAAGCUAGUCCUGGCUGUGUUUAUUCAUAUUUUCAGUAUGAUAUAUGUUAUCAAAUAAAUGAUUAAAAUGGGA